AAAAAUCACAAAAUUCAAAACAAGCACGUCUCCUGGCCUCUAGCCUUCAACGUGACCAUCCGCAGCGACCGCCGCAGCACCUGCAAGGGCUCCCAUGUGCUGCACGCCUGCGUGGGUUACUGCGAGUCCAGUGCCUUCCCUUCCAGGUACUCCGUGCUGGUGGCCUCCAACUUCACCCACAACAUCACCUCAGCUUCCCGAUGCUGCACCAUCAGCAAAGACGCCAAGGUCAAAGUUCGGCUGGACUGUCCCCGAGGCCGUCACCAUGAUGAGAUAGAGAUCCUGACAGCCAAGGCGUGCCGCUGCGACAUGUGCCGCAAAUCCCGUUACUGACAGCGUUUUCUCAGGAGGUUUGAACUCGAUGAAACAAACCAAAAACUCAGACGCAAGAAGACACAAGAAAACCCCAAAAUGAGUUGUUUACAUGUCUGGCUGGAAGGCUUUAGUUUGUCUGGAUUGGGUUAUAACGGCUCACAGCAGUCCAGGACUGUUUUCGUCGUGUCCUGAACUCUCACUGGUCUCAAACAACGACGCAGCUCGCAGCUUUCAUAUUUUUUUUACUUUUCAAGCACUGGUGUUCCUUUAACCACUAAUUUGAAUUUUUUUUUAUAUUCUGAUAAGAAGAUAGAACUUCAGUAGAAGUACUUUAAGAACUCAAAAUGUUUCCGAAUUAAUCAUCACGCAGGAGACCCAAGAAUGUACUAGAUGUAUUUAUAUUUAGGAAUUUGAACUUCAAUUCACAUGUAAAUAUGUUAAUAAAAGAAACAGAAAGAUUGUUGGAGACACCAUUUAAAUAAACAAACAAACAAGAACAGUGUCUUUUGUGUUUCAAUAAAAGGUUGUUUUUGCUCCGUU